GCAACGUCUCGACCGUCGUCGCGGCCUCUGCGUGCGACCACCACUGCCCUGCCGUUGCGGCGGCGAGAAGCGAUGUCGCGAGACGGAGCGUCGGGCGCGCGCCGCAGUUAGAGCGCACGAGGCAGAGCGCAAGAUCGCAGUCGCAGGCCAAGGAGGCCCCGCUCGCAAGCCAGCCCCCCCUCCCCUCGCGGAACAGGCGCCGAAUAGGGACGGACAGCGGCCGCGGAGCGACGACGAUGCGCUCGGCAAGGGUCGACCUGCUCGCGGCGCCGCUGCUGCUGCUGCUGCCGCUGCUCAUCGUCGGCGCACGGGCGAAUUGGUGGUUUCUGGGUAUCGAGCAGAGGAUAAUAAGCCACGCAGGUCACGACGUAGGAGUGGAUGUGCCGGCGCAAAUUGGCGCUGGAGUGAUCGGACCAGCGAGCGCCGAGAGGAAUUGUAAGAACGUUCAUCUCACGAGCAAGCAGCAGGUUAUUUGCGUUCGAGCGCCGCCAGUUUUACAGGCGAUCAGUGCAGGCGCGCGACUGGCCAUCGAGGAAUGCCAGCACCAGUUCAAAUUAUCCAGAUGGAACUGCACCGUCGAUCCCGACAGCGCCGACAAUAUUUUUGGCGGUGUCAUGUUAGUCAACAGCCGAGAGGCGGCCUUCGUACACGCGAUAUCAGCGGCCGGGGUCGCCUACAGCGUGACGCGAGCUUGCUCGAGGGGCGAGCUCACCGAGUGCUCCUGCGACAAUCGCAUCAGGACGAGGCAGCACUCCACCAAUUGGCAAUGGGGAGGAUGCAGCGAGGACAUCCACUUUGGCGAGAAAUUUUCACGCGAAUGGUCAGAAGCUGGUGAAGAACCGAUCAAGGAAGGUGAAAUCCAAGGGCCCGAAGGCCUGGCCGGUCUUCUCAUGAGGCGACACGACAGUGAAGCCGGGAGACGCGCAGUUCGCUCGAGGAUGCAGCGCGUUUGUAAAUGUCACGGUAUGUCCGGCUCGUGCAGCGUGCGAGUGUGCUGGCGUAAAUUACCAACUUUUCGAGCAGCCGGUACCGCCUUGGCUCAACUUCACGAAGGCGCGUCUUUGGUACGAUUGGCUCAACGUGGAAGCCGACGACCCGCGCGACUCAAGCCCGCUAGACCCGAGCUCAAACGACCCAACAAGACCGAUCUCGUUUACUUGGAUGACAGUCCGGAUUAUUGCGAGCGCAAUUUGACACUUGGCAUCCCAGGAACACGAGGCCGAAUAUGCAACCGCACAAGUCUCGGACUAGACGGCUGCCGAUUGCUGUGCUGCGGCAGGGGAUACCAGACUCGCGUACGCGACGUAGUGGAGAAGUGCAACUGCCGAUUUGUCUGGUGCUGCGACGUCAAGUGCGAUAUGUGUCGGCAUACGCGCGAGGAACAUGUCUGCAAUUAAGAAGAAAACCGAUGCAAGAUAAAAGAGGAUUUUGAAAGAUACGUCCAAUUCCUCCGCGAUUAUAACCCAGUUUUGAAAUGCCGAUCGUACGUUCGAUUGACAGCUCUUUUUUUCGUUGUGUUCGAUUCGAAAGGGUUUCGUUACGUUGUAGAUCAAUUGAACAACAGCACUUAAACUGUCGCAUAAUUGCCAAAUGUACAUAAUUCCGAGUUUUUCAUUUUGUAUGUUCGCGUUCUUUGUUUCUUUCUUAUCUAACUUCUCAACGUACUUACAUUCGUAAUCGUGUAUAUAUAUAUUUUAUAAAAGCCUUGCAGUAAUCGAUCGUUUAAAUGUCCAUUCCAAUCUUGACUUACGCAGACUGCAGACUUUUUCUCCUUUUUUCAAACAAUUAUUUAUACAUAAGCAACGCUACAUUAAAAUAGUAGCAUUGUAUAUGAUUUUAUCUUUGACGAAAACUCGUAAAUGUGUGCAAAAAAAUGUGUGUUCGACCUUACAUAAUCGUAACAAAAUGAAAAUUAAACAUUUCGUAGGAUUUACAAAAACGAAUCGUCCGACGUUUACACAUACAUAAGAUUGAUAAAAACAAAAAAAUAUAGUAGAAGAUGAAUGUAUAAUCACGCAACUCGACUUAGCGCUUGGAUAACAUGAAUGUCAUUUCGUCUUUUGAGCUGAUCAGAAUUUACGGAGCAUAAAAAUACAAAGCAGUCAUCAAUGUGUCCACUUGCGCAUGAAUAAAAAAAUAUUUAAAAAUGAAAAAAAAAAGUGAAUAAAUGCUCCCACCCAUGGUUAAUCGUACUUACCAUGUUGGGGAAAGAGUCGAGCGAGCAAGAUCUCGCUUCUCAACGGCUAAUCAUUGUAAUACAAAAGCGCAGUAUUGAUAAAUUGUAAUUUAUUUUCCUUCUCGACCCCCUAUUCCCCCCACAUAGUGUAUGUGUAUAUGUAUUUAAUGAUUUUAUAUAGGUGACAUUUAUACAUUAUAUACGACGUAAUCAAAAAAAAUUUUUUAUCGUUAGAAACGAGCGCGACGCUCGAUUAGCUGUUAGGCCAAACAUAAUUCUUAGUAUUUAUAUAUAUAUAUAUAUGCAUGA